GUUGCGGUCCCUAACAAAAGAUAAUCAUAUUUGCAAUAGUUGAUAAACAAUCACUCCACUAACAUGAAAGCACUAGCAAUAACGAAGGAAAGAAAACUUUAUUGAUGCACUAAUUAAGUUACAAGAAAUAGCUAUAAUGACGAUCAACAUGGGCCAUAACAAAUACAAGCACCAUUUUCACAUUGACCAACAACUGGGUUCCCGUACUUCAAGUCGCACUGAAAGAAGCAUGUUUGGGGAACGCACUGAGGCGUCUCGAACGUCCCUACUUUGCACUUCUUCCCCCCAUCUCCAGCACCACCAACCCUCGUCGCUAUUGCCACCUCGUUUCCUGAAUAAAAAAGAGAGGAGAAAUUAGCGACCACUUUAGAUGCGAUUCCAUCACUGGUCGCGAAUAGUGGGUUUUUAGCAACCAAAACUACUACGGUACAUUUCGGUUGCAAAAAGGUGAUAUUUUGUGAUAUUGAGCAUAAACCAAGAACGUUUACAAGUUUUCAUCAAAACAUAAGAAUUCAGAAAAGGAUUAAUCUUCAUCAAAUAUUGAUAGGGUAAAGAAACAUAUCGAGAAUCAAGAACGAGAUAGACUAAACGAUGAUAUAUAAUUGUGAAUCAAGCAAUAUCUCUCUAUAUGAUGGAGGGAAUUUACUUACCAAUGAUGACCAAAAGUGUCACCAAGAAGAGAAGGAAAAUGGUGGAGUUCUUCAUGCUUGGCUUGUUCACUUUUUUUUUUUUUUUAAAAAGAGAGAAUAACUUGUGCAAUGUGAAGAGAUUAUAAUGUUUGGAGCGAUGAGAGAGAGAGGGGAGUGCUAUUUAUAUGGCAUUGAUAUUCUGAGAUAUGUUUUUUUUUAAUAUGGAUAGUUGACCAAUCAUUUAAUGACAGUGUUUUAUAUGGCUGACCUGUUCAAAAGGAGGGAUUAUGAAAUGGUAGCUUAUUGGUUACAAAAACACUAUCUAGAACAAUUACUACUAGAUUCUUUUUGUCAAAAGGGCAAUUAAUGAUAAUGUGAAACCAAUAUUUCCUUUUUGUUGUAUAUGGGAAAAAAAGGGUAUAUGCGACAUUCCAUGUGUUUAGUGGAUUCUACCUUGUCAGUUUUAAGUUUUUAAUCAGUAUUUUUAAAAUCAUAUCGUAAUAACAAUUUGACUCGAUUUUUUUUACUAGAGUAUAAAUUGAUAGAUAAUUUUAAAGGUAUAAAACAGUUAAACGAUAAUUAAAUACUAAUUUCAACAUAAUUUUUUUCAAUAACAUAAAAUAACUUAUCGUUGAUUUUUUUUCGGUGCAGUUUUGAUUGAUUUUACAAUCCUUCGUUUUGAUACAAGGAGUGGUAAAUGGGAAAAUGGACCUCGGCCCAGUUACCUGCUGUGCGGAGAGAUAAACAAAGGCCACGUUCAAGCCCAAACUUAAGCCCAAGCCUCAAUGCAAUGGAACGCCCACUGGGCACUGGCCACUAUAUACUAAAAACAUAAAUUAUAAAUUAAAAUAGAAAAUAGUGAAAACCACAACCCUUUCAUCCCCAAUUGUUCAACUCCCAAUCCCUCGCGCUCGCUCUUCUCUCUGUCUUCGUCUCGCUAGAAGCCGAUCGAAGCCAUGGCUAUGAACGCAGGUCUCAGAUCCGCCUCCAGGCUCUACGCAGCCUCGGAAUCGCUCCUGUCCAAAUCAGUGAACAGGAGUUUCCACUCGACCGGGGUGAAGAGGAUGGGAGGCCAUGGUCAUGAUGAACCGUUCUAUAUGCAUGCUAAGCACAUGUACAACUUGGACAGGAUGAAGUAUCAGAAAAUCAAGAUGCCUCUUGCUGUCCUGACUGCCUUCUCCAUUGGCGUGGGAGUUCCAGUAUAUGCUGUCAUUUUCCAGCAGAAGAAGACUGCUUCCGCCUGAAGCCUGGUACUGGCGCUCAUGUGCGAUUUCCGGACCAAAGUUUGGAUUUUUUUUUGCUGGAUUCCUAGUAUGAACUACUCACAGUUGGGUUGAAUUAAGUUCGCUUGGUUGUGUUUUGCUUUCAUUGUUUGUUAGGAUUCUUGUUAAAUGCACUCUAUAAUAAAGAUCGACCAGUUACAGAAUCUGGGAAUAUCUUUGAAAUGGUUGUUUCAUUUUUAGAGUGAAUACUAAGCUUGAAAGUUGAAGUACAUUGUCAGUGGAAAUGGAAACUCUUUUGCAUGACUGACUGAGAUGUUGGAGGCCGAAAAUUUGAAUGACGAACGGACGAUGUGGCAGUGGCAUGAGGCUGAAUUAAGCCGAUGCCCAGCCCCAAGUUGCUCAUUGCUCCGGUAACAUUGGAGUUGAGCAGAUCGUAUUGACAUUUGAGUUGAUAUCUGUCAUCCUAGUUGGAAGGUGAGAAUUCACAGAGCACCAUUAGACAUCUUGGCUCAUAUAAGGCUUUGGGAAAAGAUCAGCAUAUUCCUGUGUAGUGGACAUAGUAACUUCACAUACAAGUUAACAUAUGGAAGGAUCUUAAGGCUGAAAAUGAUAACAUGGCUUUCUUCCCAGUUCUCAAAUUGGAUUAGGUAAAUUCACAAUAACAAGAAAAGAGAGAAUGGUAAGACCAGAGACUUUAACCAAAUCAAAGUUCAUGAACAGGUUGUUACAGCAAAUUACCUCAUCCAUUGAAAUCUGAUGCUUGGGAACCAAACAAGUUCAAAGGCGGGAGGAGACUGUUAAUUGAGCUGCCAUGGUAAGAAGCAUCAGAACUUAUUUAAAGUUGGUUGCAACAGAAACCUAUCCAAAUGGUUCCCAUUUUGAGGCAGCAAUCAAACUGAAGCACUGAU